UCGGUUUAAAUACUUAUUUUCUAAUUGUUUAAACUAUCACAAUAUCACUAUUGAGUCUUCUUGUGGUCUGUGAAUUCUAUUAAAUCUUGAAAAUGACAAAUCGAACAAAUAGAGUUAUAGAUUAUUAUAAUGAUUUCAUUGAUUGUGCUCAAAAUAUGCCAUUGGACGUACAACGUCAUGUUACUCAAAUGCGGGAAUGUGAUUUAGAAUACCAAGAAAUGGUUUCUAAAAUUCAGGAAUUAUCAAAGAAUUUAGAUGGAACUUCAUCAUUGCUGAGUCCUGGUAAAUUAACAAAAUUCUUAGUGGCUGGUCUGGAUUUAGGAGAUCGUAAAGUUCAAAUGGUACAACAAAUAUCCGACUUGGUUGAUGAUAAAGUCAGACGUUUAGAAUUGGGAAAAAAAGGUUUAACAUCUGUUAAAGAAUCUGACACUCCUAAAUUAAGUAUUAAAGAAAAAUCUGAUAGUGGAAAUUGUUCUAAAGAACGUAGUUUGCCUAGUGCUAGUUCAAGUACUGUAACUAAAGAACUAAAAAAGCGUAAUACUGAUAAUGAUAGUAAUGAAUCCAACAACGACGUUAAAGUUACAAAACGACCUCGCCGAAAUAGAACUGAUGAGCCGGAUUAUAAAGAAAUAUCUGAUGAUGUUGUAGCACUGUCAGUUUUGCAACAUUCCCAUACUCCUUUGCCUAGAGCAACUGCAACAGCACAAAUGCAAUCUCAAGUAGCUGUGAAAAAAUCCACUCAAAAAACUGAUACUAAAACUAAGAAAAAAGGCAAGUACAAGAAACAGCAAAAGGACAACUCUCCAUCUCUGGAUGAUGAGGAUGACAUAGCUGUAGACCCAGAUGAACCGACUUAUUGUCUGUGCGAUCAAAUAUCUUAUGGCGAAAUGAUUUGCUGUGACAAUGAUCUAUGUCCUAUUGAAUGGUUCCAUUUCUCAUGUGUUUCAUUAUCGACAAAACCUAAAGGAAAAUGGUUUUGCCCUAAAUGUCGUGGCGAUCGACCGAAUAUAAUGAAACCUAAAGCCCAAUUCCUCAAAGAAUUAGAGCGUUAUAAUAAAGAGAAAGAAGAUAAAGCUUAAGAUUUUGUUUGACAUUAUUGACAAUCUACUUAAUUUAGUUCUCGUACGUACUUAUAAAUAAAAUUAUAUAAUAAAACAUUUUGCUUGUACUUUUUAUAAAUGUAUAAUAAUAUAUCUUUAUAUA